CGUUUACUGACCCAUAUAAAUACUUGCAGGGUGACCUUGCUCGGGUUAGGUGCCCGCCUUACGAUCUGCUGCCUUCUAGCGAAACCUAGGUCGGUGGCUACUUGCGACUAGUAAAGAGAAGGGGCCCUUAGAAACCAGUUAGGUAGUUCAGACAAGUAUUGACAUCGCUGUAAUUACGUAAGAGAAGCGUUGGUGGCGCCCUGCCACCAGCAUGGGCAGCAAACCAGGCCCUCCCAUCCAGAGGAUUCCCUUGCUUGGAGUCAGCCCUGAAGAAUCCUUGGAUUCGCCCAUAGACCGCCGCAGCGACUACUACAGGCAGCGGGCCAGGGAGGAGCGGCCCUCAGGCGUGCUGCAGCAGCAGAGCAGGCAGGCACAGCCGCUGCUGACAGCGCCAAACCUGCUCACCUUCCUGCGGGUCCUGCUGGUGCCUGUACUAGUCGUGCUCUGGUUCCAUCCCCACCGGCUGGCGCCUCUGAUGGCGGCCAUCACCUUCAUAGUCGCUGCCAUCACCGACUGGGCCGACGGCUACCUUGCGCGCAGGAUGAAAGUGACCACGGCGUUUGGGGCGUUUCUGGACCCGGUGGCGGACAAGAUCAUGGUGUCCACAGUGCUGGUGCUCCUGGCUGUGUCGCCACCAGAGCCGCUUAGUCACAAGGACUUAGCGAUCCCUGUAGUCAUCAUGAUCGGGCGGGAGAUCACCAUGAGCGCCCUGCGCGAGUGGGCCGCCUCAUCCGGAGGCGGCGCGCACAAGGCGGUGAAGGUGAACUCGCUGGGCAAGUGGAAGACAGCGCUGCAGAUGGCGGCGCUGAGCGCGCUGCUGCUGCUGCACAAGGCGCACAAUGUUCUGGGGCGCAGCGAGGAAGUGCUAGAGGCCCUGCACUGGGCCGCCCGCGCGGCGCUCAUCGUGCUCUGGGCGGGGGCGUUCCUGGCGGUGUGGUCGCUGUCAAACUACAUGGCGAACGUUUGGACCUAUUUCCGGUACCCAAACGGCCUCGCCUCGCCGCAGAAUUCGCCGCGGCCGAUGCUGUCGCCGCGACUUGGCUCGCUGCCGGCACGCAAAAAGUCCAUGUGACCAGAUUGUGUGAUCCCCUGGUCAUUAGUAAGCCGAUGACCUGUAGGCGGAGCACGCUGUUACACUAUACUGCAUAUCUAUGUUACCAGUUCGGGCGGUGUCAGCUUGAUCGGGCCGUCAGGCCUGGCAAGCACAUGCAAGGAGUAUAGCCUUGGCAGCUCUCUCACUGAUCUAAGUAUUGCUUCUGGGCUGCUAGUCGUUUUUUAGGGAGUGUAUGAAGUAGAGGAGUUGUGAGAGGGAGAGAGGAAGGCAAUAUAGGGAUACCGAAGGACUUUUCAAGGACAAUAAACUGGACUGCAAGAUGUGUUCAAUGGGGCGGGGAUUUUCCCUAGCUCUAGACCGGUUGUGACUUUCAGCAAAUGAUUGAGCACUUCAGUGAAGCAUGCCAACAACUGACCUAGCAAGUUGGGCAGGCUGCAGACAUGCACAAUAAUCAUCUCGUGCAUAUUUGAGGCUUCAGAACUUGAGAUGACGUAUCGUGGCUACAGCAGUCCAUAUAAUACUUUUAUCACAAAUUCUGCAAUCAACGUCAUUUACUU